GAUCACAGGAAAGGUAGGCACAGGUUUUCCGGCCUGAUGAGCGAAAACACACAACUCCAAGCUGAAAGACGAAGAGGAGAAGCGGCUGCUCGUGAAUAAUUUAACCGUUUAGCGUUCCCAUUUGCGGGCAUAAUCUACCUCGCUGUGACAUGGCAUCUGUCCUCUGAACUGCUCUGUGGUCAGCCACCGUCGGCACCGAGCAUUGGUGUGCAACUGGACCAUCACCAUCAUGGAAACAGAUGCAGAAGUUAUUCCUAUCUGGCAGAAUAAGCCUCAUGGAUCCACCCGCAGUGUUGUGAGAAGAAUAGGUUCCACUCUGCCACUCAGACCUCCACAGAGGGCGUGUUUCCAGGAACUACCAGGCAUGCCCAGUCUCCGGCCUAUGGAUGGCCCCAUUGUUCCUACCUUGGCCGACAUAGCCUGGAUUGCCGCAGAUGAAGAAGAGACGUAUGCCAGAGUGCGGAGUGACAGUCGACCUCUGAAACACGAAUGGCGGCCCACACCUCUCCUGGUGCUCCACAGGAACUCAUCUGUACCCAACUUCCGCCGCGAGGGCAAAAGGAUGGAGGUGCUGAGGAAGCCUGGGGUGACGGCGCUGAACCGGACCACCGCCCUGCAGGACGAGCUCAGCAGACUCCGGGCACAGAUCGCCAAGAUUGUGGCAACUGAUUCUGACUCCAACCCCGUGACCCCUGACCUGCUCUCCCCCGAUGACACAAGCAUGAGCUUCUCCAUGGCCCCUUUCGAAACGGCGCCCUACCAGCCGGCCGCCGCAGCCGCCGCUUCCUUUGUUAUCAGUGAUGUCACGGAGGAGGAGGAGGAGGAGGAAGAGGAGGAGGAAGAUGUGGUCUCUGUGGUGUCGGAGCUCGUCCCCGACCCUCUGCCGCCUAUUUCCAUGACGGCAUCGGCCACCUUUGACCUGGACAGACCCAGCAUGGACUUCCGGGAGGCGGAGGAGGAUACGGUGUCGCUAUCAAAGUCUACCAGCUUUGCUGAUGUUAUGGACAUCCUGAAGGACAUGAACCGCAUGAAGAUGAGCAAGGACAGGUACAAUAGAGGCUGUACGUCCCUCAGAGAGGAGAACUCCGCUUCUCUAAUUUCAGAAGCUUUGAGGAAAAAGUUUGUCCUGAAGGAAGAAGAUACCGACGUUGUGAAACGGAAGUAGCCCCAUCGCGUGUUUAUCGUCAAUACCCGAUCCCGCUGCUCCAUGUAAGUCAGGACAGGGUUGUAGAAAGUCGUUUUUUUUUUUUUUUUUUUUUUUUUUUUUUUUUUUUUUUUUUUACAUUUUGUAUAAUGAGCCCUUGAAGGCAUGUGGUAGGUCAUCAUUGGUAAUGCGUUCAGUGGCAGAAUAUUUUGGCUCACUUGUGGGUUCUUAGUUGUUUAUUUUCUCUCAUUAUUUUCGGCCUCUGCCUGUGAAAUGUGUACCCAUGUAUCCACAACUUUGCUCCUCAGGCCCAAGGCGACAGCUGUCGGCCAGAGCUAGAACAAAACACUCAAUAUCUGCUGGUGCAGUGAGGCAGAUCUGACAACUCUUUAACAAUAAUCUCAUAUUGUAUCCACUUUAUUUCUCCCUGGAAAACAACACUUUUAUGUUAAAUAUAUUUUGAAUAAGUUCUCAACGUACUCUGUGUCUGGGCUCUUUAGAUGUUAAAGGACAUUGUGGAGGGGCUGAUAUCCAAACAAACAUAAAGUUUAAAGACUUAAAUUCAGGAAUGUCCCUUAAAAAAAAAAAAAAAAAAAAAAAAAAAAGCCCUUUAUCCAUCCAGCUAUAAAGACAAGUCUUUGUUCCUUUUCACAGAAGAGAAGCAAAUAAACUUUUUUUUUUUUUUGCUUUUUCAGUAUCAAGAAGCCCUCUAACACACUUGAAAAUACUUGAUCUACAAAUGAAACGGAUCUCCUGUACAAGCAGAUAUGUACUGUCUCGUAUCACAUCGUGUGUGUGGAAAACGUCAGAUCUUUGCUGUUGAUGUUUGCGUCACAGGUGUGAGUUUGCAAAUGUGCACAGCAUCGUGUGCACGGUGUUGCUUGCUCCACUGCACCUCUUAUGCCUGUCCUCUUGUUUGUGAUUAAUAUACAGAUUGAUAAGUCACCGAACCACAGGACUGAUUUUGAAACUCAAACUGAAAGGAGAAUUAUAUAUAAAUGGGUUGGUCGUCGAUGGUGUGAAGAUCGACGGAAGUGUGUGAAUGAAAUGUGCACCCAUCGUCGUCAUCUGUGUUUCCAGUAAAGGCAAUGACUGACACAAGCUUACGCGGGUAUUUUUAGACACAUUUCCAGUUUUCCAACCCCUGUACAUUAACAGUACUAGCUGAAACCACCUUUUUUAUGAUGCAGCAUUAUAGAACAUUCUGCCUGCAGAGUUUUGACAAAGCCAUGGGUCAAGUGCUCGUGUGAGUCUCGAUGAUAACGAUGAGUAUUCUUGUCGACGCCUUACUGCUGAUCUGUUGCCUGUUCCAAAGCCUGAUUUUAUUCCCUGUGCCAUGGGUUUGUUUAACCAGCCCACCCCUCAUUGCUUGCCCUCUCCUGAAUGUGCCCUCCAUCCUCAUCUUUAUUAAGAUUCCCACGUUUUCCUCUCACAAACAAACCAGUUGUAUGUGUGUGCGGUGCUAAUGCUGAAUCUUUGUUUAAAAUGACCCCUAACAAGCAAGUACUUGCUCUUAAGUCACUUUUACCUCCACAUGUCACUCUGUUUUCUUUAUCUGUCACGUGUAUCCAUGCAUGACUGGGGGUCCUUUGGUGUAGUUUUGCAGUGUGAAAAGAUAAGUGUGUGUCGCUGUAUGCAGUGGUUAAAGUAUGUUCUGUCCUGCUAGAGUCUGCCCUCAACGUGUCCUAAGGGAUCGUCUCAAUAGUUAAUUUCCUCAUUAAACAGAGUGAAGUAUAAAGUGGCUGGAUGAGAAAACUACUAUAUGCAAGUUUAAAUAUAUUAACCGUGUGUCUUUACCUAAGAUGUUAAACCUUACACAGCAUACUCUGCCAACUGCUUCAUAGUCCUGCUAAUAAAUAGAGAAUUUAGUUCCACAGGGUUUUCCACAGAGAAUUUUUGACUUUGUUUGUCUUGACUUUUCACCAUUUUACUUGUGCAUGGUUGAACCUACCACCACCUCAUGUAUGUUUAUUUUAUUUUGUCAUAUUAGGACUUGUAAAUAAAGAUUGGCUGAUGUUUUGAAACUGA